CCGGGCGGCAAGCAGGGAUCCACUGCGGAUUGCACCUGGCCAGACCAACGCCCGGCCUUCCGAGCCUUCAGGGUCGCGUCCCGACAAUUUGGCCUCAGCGCGCGGCGGGUUCUUGGCGCCAGCAAGCAGCAAACCGGCAGGACAACCCUGACCAGCGUCCUCGGUCGCCGCGAAGAACGACGGCAACAAGCUCGCAACCGCCAGGAUGAGCACGCAAACAACGCCGACCGGCCCCGCCACGCUCGACGACAGCGAGCCGUCAUACAUUGACUACGAGACCUUCCUCGAUCCCUCCUUCACCCCCGCCUCCUUCGCCAACACGCUCGUCCUCGCAACCAACAACCCGUCCGACACGCCCCUGGACCUCUCCACCCCGCUCUCGCGCGUGCUCUUCGACAUCCAAGAGAUCGACUCGCACAUUGACUCGCUCACCACCCGCUCCGCCCUACCCCUCCUCCAGUACACCCAGGACAAUGCGGAAGCGAGCAACCACAUCCUCACCCAGUUGCAAACCCAGAUCACCGCCCUCAACGACAGCUACGCCCAGCUCGACCGCGAGGUCACCCAGAAGCAUGCCGAGGCAGACCAGGUCCGCGCCGUCGCUUCCCGCCUGUGGGACACUCUCCGUCUCGCCCGCGCCGUCAGCCGCUGCCUGCAACUCGGCCGCCGCCUCGAGGCCCAGCAUGCCGAGCUGAUCGGCACCGCCCCUGCUGCUUCUAGCAGCACAUCAUCAUCAUCAUCAUCAUCAUCAACAACAACAAUAACAACAACGAUGACGACGACAAGUGCGACUGCCUCUGGCCCCGGGAGGGCCGGCGGUGGCAGCAGCCGGGAGGACCAUCGCGCGCUGGUGCGGUGCGCGCACACGCUGCUCGCGCUGCGGGAGGUGUUUGCGGGCGCUGGAACGCCGGGGGCCGAGGGGUACGGCCUGGACCGCGUCGGGGUGGUGCGGACGUUGCGGGAAGGCGUGGUGGGCCCGAUCGAGCGGGCGGUGCGCGAGACGGCCGAGCGGGUGGUGAGGGAGUUCUCGAUGAUGGGCGGCGUCUCUUCUUCUACCUCCUCCUCCUCCUCCUCCUCCUCCCUGUCCAUGUCUGCCGCGACGUUUGCGCAAUUGGAGGAAACCAAGGCGCGAACGGUGUCGGCGCUCGUGGCGCUGUGGCUGCUGACGCCGGCGCCGACCAAGAGUGGGGAGCGCUGGGUGCCUUCGUUGAUGCUGCAGGCGCUCGAGGGCUAUCUGAGGUUGGCGCUGCAGAGCAGCAUCGCGGGGCUGUCGCGGGCGCUUGCGACGUUGCCGAGCCUGGAAAAGACGUUGGCCGAGGUAAGCGCGCGGUGCCAGAACGUCGUGGCGCUGGAGGCCGUCUUGGAGGGAACCAAGCCGCCGGCGCAUCCGGGCGUGCCGGCCAAGCAGGCGGCGCAGGUCGGGGGAAACAUGCUGCAACCGCUGCUGACGUACCUCGAGACCGGGUCGUUGGCGAGCUACUACUGGAGAACCAUGGCCAGCAGUCUCGCGCCGAGGGUGCAGGAGAUCAUCGCUAAGGGGGGAGUCUCCGCGCGGACGCUGAGGACCAACCGGCAGAGCGUGGGCGACGCCAUUAGAGAGUGCGUGGCCAGAGGCAGUCAGCUGCCCAGCGCGGUGGCCGCAGCCGCCAAGGGGACCUCGAGGGCAAGUGAGACGAAGGAAGGCGGGAAACAUUGGGAACGCGAGGUCGCUGUUAUGGUAGCCAGUGUCGUCAACAACCUAGGAAGGUGACGACACAAGGUCUAGAAAAAAGCACCGAUGGGAAUGGACUGACUGGCGUCGUUUUAUCGAGCCCACGUCUACAGUGAUUAUCGGUUAUCCUGAUUAACAACUCCCGUGUUCCUUCCCGUGUUCCUAGUCUGCGACUACCAGCAUGAUAGGAGAGCGGAGCAUCAUGUGAACGAUAUCCUCAGUAUAUGCCGUGCUUGUCAAGCGCGUUCUCUAGCCUUUUCCGUUUCUCAACUGACCCCAGGUCUGUAUUCAUUAAUGGGUGACGAAAUACGUCUUGAUGCCAGAGUAUCACCAGCUUCAGAAUCCCCGGUUCUCCCAAUCUGCCAAUCCUCUGCUUCGCUUCCCCUCAACCUUCGACGCUUCUUCUGUUUCUUAACAUUUAUGAACUGGUCCCCUUAUG